AUGAGCUGGCAACAGAAUGCGGUAAAGCAGCGCACAUUUGGGACCCCAAGAUGCCUGGAAGAGAGAGAUUCUGGCUCUCCGAGUGGAGACAGCAGGAUCCUUCGCUACAUCAAGACACUUACAAGUCACCAGACGAAUGCCAAGCAACAACGAAUGGAUCAGUAUCUGCAGAAGGUCAAACAUACGCACCCGACAGAGGACGUGAAAGGCUUGAAACCUCUUCGGUACUCAACGACGACGAAUGAGCGCCAAAAUGCAUCCGCCCCGACGUUUAGAGCUCCAGCGACGAGUAUGUGGAAGGAAGCGAUACCAAGAGAGCAACAAAAGCUGUUGGAAUCAAAUAAAUCUAGUUAUCGGCGACCGAAGCGUUCGUGUGACGGAGAUCAAGGCAACAGACAGAUGAAGAAGGCGAAGCGAGCACCUACCAAGCAGCAGGUCGCGGCGGUUGACGCAUUGGAUCGAUUUAGGCUCAAAAGUACCCCGUUGCAGAUCAAGUCACAGACAAGGGGAGAGAUUUCUGGUAGCAAGAUAUCCCAGCACACUACACUACCGGCUGAUGCUCAACACAUUAAACUCCAAGUCGCCGCCACUCAACCACAAAUGCCACUAAAGUCUAAGCUUGGCAAUGCUAACGUGAAUAACCGCGAAGUGACGCGUCCCGUUCAGCCGUCUCCAGCCAAGGAAUCUAUAGCUCGUCCAGUUGCACCUCCAGCUCGUGACGAGUGGGCCAACUCAAACCAACACGCCAGUUUCCUGCCAACAGAGACACAAACCCUCGACUCUGAGCAGGAAGACUUCGUUACCACUUUCCACCAUCUAAGCGCCAUCAUGGAGUCGAUUUACUUUUGA